AUGGCCACUAAUGACAGUCAUUUGGCUUACCUUUUAGGCCUCGGUUUCGAUUUUGACCUUUGUGUUUCUGCUCUCUCUCUACAUACGCAAAUAGAAGACGCCACUAACUGGAUACUUGCUCAGAGUAAACCACUAGAGGCCAUAGGACAGACACUAAAGUCAGAUACCUCUGCUAAUACCUCAUCAGAACCACUCUCAUGGCAAACAAAUAGCAACAGUUCGUUAGUGUCAAAUGAAGAAGUUCCCAAAGACAUGUCUUUUCAAAAUAUCUCUUCAAAAAUGGCAAUUCAAGCACGUAAAGAGAAACAAUCUGAAAAGCAAGCACGCGAAAGGGCAUUACAGGCUAUCAAGGAAGAUCAGGAGGAUCGAAAAUUAAGACGUGCCCACCUCUUGGAAAAGUCUCCAAAAAACGAUGCGCCCCCACAGCAGGCAUCAGGGUCAAAUCGGUCUCCGGAACUCCUUCGACAUCAAAAAGAAAUCAAAGCCCAGAAACUACUUGACAAUGAAGCAAAAAAAAGAGCUUUGGAGAACAUAAAGCAAGACCGAGAAGCCAAAAAGUCUUUUGCUAGUUCAAUUCAACCUAAGCCAAUAACAUCACGCCCGCAACCCACAGUCAAUCCAUCGGCAUCUGCUCUUAUACAAAUAAGAGCGAGUGAUGGUUCUUCUUACCGAAAAUCGUUUCCUUCAAACACACCGUUCUCGAAUGUGUUUGAAUGGGUAUUGGACCAAGAGAGAAAGUUCUAUAGACAGAUACUUCCGCAAGAGCAAGUUACCCUUGUAUCUAUAUACAGGGAAGGGGAGUGGACUCGAGCCAUUGAAUACAGAUUUGUGCCCAAUGUAUCUCUUCAUCUAUUACGCACCAUCCCCACUCCUCCAGAGCCUGAACGUGAACCUGAGCCUGCAUUGGAACCUGCAUUAGAACAGGAACAAAACCAAGAACCAGGUCAUGUUCUGGAACAAGAAGAUGAACAUAUGGAGAACCAAGAUAGCGACGAGGAUGAGGAUGAAGAUAUGACACUGCCAAGACUAGGGUUAGCCCAGAUACGAAUGGAUUAUUGGGCCAAUACACUGGGAGGCAAUCGACUUGUAGAUCCUACUGAAUCCGUGGAUGAGGUGAUGGGAGAAGCGCAGGGGAUUCCAGGGGAAGAAUCAACCGCAGAGGUACAAGUUUCUACCAACAACCCUUCCCAAAGAGACCAUCGACUUAAUGCUAUUCUCAGUCGAAAUUCUGCUGCUAGUGCUUCCGGUGAUCUAAAUAUACUACGUCAAGGCCAGGGAAAAGCAAGAGAUGUGCGAUGCUUAAAAGACAUAUGCUCUAGUAUGGUAGCAGGUCUUAUCACUCAACCUACAACUGAGGCUCGUAAUGUUUUUAAGAAGCUCAUGUUUGUAUCUCCCGAUGUAUCCAGUUCCCUCGUGGCACAUUUGAUUUCAUCUAGAAAAUUUCUACGGAAACUUACACCUACAUAUACCUAUACACUUGAAUCCCGCUAUAGUUACUUGCAACAGGCUAUUCUAGAUUCCUAUAUUUUCACUACAGACUCCCUGCUUGAGGGCCUAAGUGUAUCAAAUUCUGCAGUUUCACUUGUCAAACUGAGUAUACGCGGAUGUGAUGUUGUAACAGACGCUGGUAUCUACUACCUCAAAGGCCUAAAACGUCUUGAAUAUCUGGAUGUCAGUAAUUGCAAACUUACCGACAAAGGACUGCAGUCCCUAGCAGGGUUUCCAUCACUUCGUUACCUCAACUUGUCAAAGACCAAGAUCACAGAUUCUGGAAUUAAAUUGCUGGCCGACACUGCUGCAUACAAAGACAGUCUAGAUACCUUGAUUGUCGAGGGAUGCAAGGGACUCAAAUCAAAAGAUUUAUUAUCUAAACUCAAUGAAUUUGUUAAUCUAUCCUAUCUGUCAUUGGCAAUGACUAGUAUUGGUCCUCAGCAACCUAUCUACCAGACCCAUGCCCCCUUGUGUAUUCUGGACAUAAGCAAUACAGAAUUGAAUGACAAGGAUAUGAUCCAGACCAUUAGUGGCUAUAGCUCUCUAAAGGAGUUACGGCUAACGGGUUGUAAAGCCAUUACUUGUGCGGGGCUGGCAGCGAUUCCAAAGAGUCUUUGCCACUUGGAAGUAAUUCACUUUCCUAACCGUGAACAUGAACUUGAUGACCUCUUCCAUAGAUAUGCAGAUCUUCCUUUGCAACAUCUGGAUUUGACGGGCUUUUUGGAAGUAACGGAUGUCGGAGUAGAGCAGAUUGCCAAGAUGAAGCACCUUAAGUAUCUCAGCUUGGAGGCCACAAAGGUCACUGACCAUGGCAUUGCUUUACUCAAAGAUCUCUUGGAAUUGGAGACACUCUAUUUGGACCGAACUUCCGCGUCCGAUCUUGGCAUUGAAGCACUGUCUGAACUUUCUCGGCUGAGAACCCUGUCACUCAGUCGUACUAAUGUAACAGAUGAAGCUCUGAAGAAUAUGGGUGAUUUUGAACGAACACACUAUGCGCGUACUAUCCGUACACUCAAUCUCUCAAAGUGUCAAGAAGUGACGGAUGAAGGAGUCCAGGGAUUAACAGGCAUGAUUCAUCUUACUCAUUUAAACUUGGACCACACCGGAAUCUCAAAUUCCUUAAGCCUUCGAGAUUAUUGGGUGUGGGAGAAUAAGAUAAAGGAGAGUUGUCUACAGACACCUCUUGUAAAGAGUCUAUUCUCUACUGAUAAAACUCUUUAUAAUGAUUGUAUUAAUAGACGGAUAGAAUAUACAACAAAAAAUUAUCCAUUAGAUCCUGGCGCAGAAAACAUGUAUUCUACUCGACGUUCUGCCGUUCCAUUUUAUUGA